UCUCAAUUCCUCAGCUUCUUUUGGAACACAAUAUGUUGAGAAGAGAAAAUGUCUGAAUCGUACAGAUAAAGAAGGAUGAGGACCAAAUCGUAGGUUGGGCAUAACUUCAGGGAUGAAAAUAGACUAAAUUGCAAUAGUAGUAGUAGCAACGAGUAAGUAUGACUAAUAGGUGUCUACUACUGUCUUCGAAUUUUGAAAUUUUAGACCGAGCGCUACAGUUUCCAUUUUUGCUGCUCCUCUCCUUCGUCGCUUCAUCUCCCGCCGACUUGCACACGACGAGGCGGAGCGGAAAAGACCGAAACCCUAAAAGCAGCCAGAAGACUCUGCUGCAGAUCUUUGGUCCGGAGAAGAAAUUUCAACAAUGGCGGGAGCGAAGAAGAAGGUGACGAGUUACGAAGAAGUCCGGCGGCAGAGGGUGGAAGAGAACAAGAAGAGGAUGGAAGACCUCAACUUGCUGAAGCUCGCGAAGCAUCUUCGUCCCCAACCCAAUCCCACCUCCAAUCCUUCCCCUGCGAAACCCAGAGCUCGCCGGCCGGCGGUGCUGGCUCCGGCGAGGAGGUCGUCACGAAUAGCGGACCAGCCCUCCGUUAGCUACAGGGAAGGACCAGUGGAGCCAUUAGGCGAAACAAGAAGGACCUUUCGCUACCAGAGAAGAGAUCUGCUGAAUCGUGUGUAUGCAUCUAGUGAGGUAAGGCAAUAUGCGAUUCAUAGAGCUGAAGAACUUCAAUCCACCCUGGAUCCUGAGCAUCCGAGCUUUGUGAAACCCAUGCUCCAGUCCCAUGUCACUGGAGGGUUUUGGCUGGGGCUGCCAUCCCUCUUCUGCAAGACGUACCUUCCGAAGGAGGACGAGAUGAUGACGUUGAUAGACGAGGGAGAAGAGCCAUCUCAGACCAAGUACCUUGCUGGGAAAACUGGUCUCAGUGGCGGUUGGAGAGGGUUCGCCAUUGAUCACGAGCUGGUCGAUGGAGACGCAUUGGUAUUCCAGCUGGUCAGCCCCACAGAGUUCAAGGUAUAUAUCAUUAGGGCAAAUGAAGUGGGGGGCGAUUCUGAGAAGGAAAACCAAGAUGAGGAGGAGGAAGAAGAUGAAGCCUUAGAGAAGGGAAAGCAGGCCAAGGCGAAAGCUGCAGAGAAGGAAAACAAGAACGAGGAAGACGAUGAUUUGGACAGCACUAGGAGGCGUUCUAAACGGAUCAGAACAGGUCGAAAGUAGUGUCCCAUUUGGAGCUGAAAAUGGGGGAUUUUGUUUUGGGCGCUGGUAGCAGUAGGCAUUCCUUUUGUGCUGUGGAAAGGCUAGCUUUCCUAAGGUACGCCAGUGUCACUCUUAACCAUCGGACCUGUAAUUUUAGUCGUAGCUAGGUGAAGACUCCCAAACAACUGCAGCAGAAAUUGCUGAUUUUUGUCAUCGGCAGAUAACUCUCGACAUGGAAUUUUCCAUUGGUCUUUCAGUGUGGCCGAUUGUAGGGAAGAGAUUUAUGGUUAUAAACGUAGGAUUUCUUAGCUGAGGGUUUCUUCUGUCUUCAGUACUACUUCAGUUCCAAAGUUACAUAACAAUCAUCAUCCUGGAUCAAGCUAAUGUUUCAACUUCUACUUCGUCGUAGAUGAAUGUUCAUGCUUAAAGACUGCACAUAGUCCACAUUCCUUAUUUUUUUCCUGUAAAUGUUACAAAAUUGUUCAGAACAAUCGUGCCUGUGCAUGUGUAACAACCAACAACUACAGAGUUCUGGAGCUGGGGGCUGCCAGCAAACAGUUCUAUAGUCUAGCAAUCUUUUGAUUGAAGGAUGGAUCAAUGCAGACGACAAUCUGCACAAGUUUUAAAUGUUCAAGAACAUGAGAGACACAUCCGAGUAUCUGACUGUGCAAAUAUGGAACAGUGUUUUUGGCAAUGAACUGGAUCAAUGUCGUAGAGCAUUGGAUUCCUAGCUUAAUCGAAAGAGCCAUCUUCUGCAGUUGGUUGAUUGUGUUGACCCAUAAACGUGCAGGCAUGACUCUCUUUAUCGUUCUCACUCAGACUCACUCUCUCGAUAACUCAUUGCGUUUGAGGUGUCUGAAAUUCUCCAUUCAACGUGCUUAGUGAGGCAGGAGAGAGCGACAGUCGAUGAUCUUUUUAACUGAAAUUUUCUUGUCUUUUUUUGUUUCCUCGUUAUUUUUUAAUCAAAUUUGUUAUUAAAUAAAUUGCGUGCCACUGGUUUUAUAUGAGCUCAUGCAUUUAAGAAAUUGAAAAUCACAUCAACGAUCACGCUUGACUAACUCAACUAAAGUGAAAAUGAGCUCACAUGAAUUUGCCCACAACGAAUUCUCCAACUCUCUUGUAAAUAGUAAACUCUUGAGUUUUUCUUAAAGAACAGUAACUUGCAUUUUUUGGAACUUACACUUUAAUUAAUAAAAAUAAAAUAUAAUUCUGAUAAUGAUAAUUUAAUUUUUAUGUACUAGGCCUUUUCCUUGCAACCUUUUGCUUAUGAAAAUAGUUUAGCAGAAGGCCCAAAAGAAAUUGUUAUGUCGAAAUUCAAUUUAGAAUUAAUCCGGAAUUUAAAA